AUGGCGUCUGCCGUGCGGGCCGUAUUGCCUCUGUUCCAAAGACCAUUUUCAUCUGGGGCGAGUAAUUCUCUCGGCGUAUCAGCCAAGCGAACUCUUCGAUAUCGAGAGAAGCAUGUGGUCGCCUUGUUGUUGGUGUUCUUUACUGUGAUAUGUUUCGGCACGAUUUGGUUUUUGCCAGAUCUCUCUAGUUCUCUUCUUCCUGAAGACAGUGCCAUUCUGUCUGUGUACAAACGAGUGCAGAAUGCAGCCCCCGAAUUCGUACUCGGCAUUCCCCCACCUCCUAGUCUUGAUGAAGCAGAGACUGCUCCUCACAAGUUCGAGGUGCAUGGACAUCGAUUGGACAUUGGGAAAAGUCGUGAUAAAGAAUUGCUUGAGGCGAAAAUCAAUGCUGACAAGGAUGUGGCAAAAAUCGUGCUCGAACGCCCGAUGAGCAUAGAAACAGGAAAUCGCACUGGUGAUGUCAGCAUAAAUAUCAACGAUGAGAAGAAAGGUGAUGAGAAAAAAACAGUUAUUGACCAUUCACUUGUACCAGGCUCGACUGCAGGGGGCUUUUUCCUUGGCCCUAUUAAAGGAGUGAUUCAGGGUGGAGAAGACCCCGAUCCCAUCAUCAGGGAAAGGAGGAAUAAAGUCAAAGAGAUGAUGGUGCAUGCAUGGAAUGGAUAUGCACAGUAUGCCUGGGGAAUGAAUGAGGUCCGUCCCAUCUCUCAGAAGCCCCAUAACCCAGGCAUUUUUGGCCAUGGUGGACUGGGUGCAACUAUAGUAGAUGGUCUGGAUACUCUCUUCAUUAUGGGACUCAUGGAUGAAUUUCAGAAGGGGCGUGACUGGGUUGCUCAACAUUUCCACAUCGAAUCUGCUGACUCCCUUGUAUCGGUGUUUGAGACUAACAUCCGGUUUGUGGGAGGUUUUUUGGCUUGUUAUGCUCUAUCAGGAGAUCCAGUAUUCAUCCAAAAAGCAGAGGAAACUGCUGAGCAUUUAUUGCCUGCAUUCCAAUCUCCCACAGGAAUCCCAUAUUCCCUGGUUAACAUCAAUUCCGGUGCUUCGAAGAACUACAAUUGGGCUAGUGGUAGUGCAAGUAUCCUGUCAGAACUGGGGACCUUGCAUCUGGAGUUUGCUUACCUCUCUGAUAUCACAGGGCGACCUGUCUUUCGAGAGAAGGUCCAGCAUAUUCGAGACUUUCUUCAGGACCUCAAGAAGCCCAAGGGACUCUAUCCCAAUUACCUCAACCCAAAGAGUGGAAAAUGGGGUCAAGCACAUGUAUCAAUGGGAGCACUGGGAGACAGUUUCUAUGAAUAUCUGCUGAAGUCAUACAUCCAGAUGAAUGGGAAGGAUGUCCAAGCAAGGGAGAUGUACAGUGAAGCUGUGACAGCUGUGUCCAAAUACCUCCUCAAGAAGUCCAAGGGAGGGCUCAUCUACUUUGCUGACAUGCGCUUUGAGCGCCUUGAGCACAAGAUGGACCAUCUUGCCUGCUUUGCCGGUGGUAUGUAUGCAUUGGGGGCAAAGGCCAUCAAUGACUCCAGCUCUGCAUACUACAUGUCCAUGGCAAAGGAGAUAGCCCACACUUGUCACGAGUCAUACAGCCGCACCCCAACUGGUCUUGGACCAGAGAGUUUCCGCUUCAAUGAGCCAGGGAGUGAAGCACAGACAUCAAGACACAACGAGAAGUAUUACAUUCUGCGUCCAGAAACCUUUGAGACCUACUUUGUUCUCUGGCGUCUCACCAAGGACCCCAUCUACCGGGAAUGGGGCUGGGAGGCUGUACAG